AUGCGUUUCUCAGCAGCAUUCAUUUCAACCCUUGUGUUGUCUAGCACAUCUCUAGCUGGACCCGGCAAUCAGACAUCUCAAUCAACUCAGGCAGAUGCUGAGACACAGUCCAUUGCUCAGCAGAACGCGAACGCCGAUCCUGUGUCAGAAACUCUUUCUGUCGCCGCCCCCCAGAAUCAUCCUACCAACGCUGCUCCUACUCUAUCGGAACCUACAGAAGUAACCCACCAUGCCGCUGCGACAGCUAAUCCUCCAAAUGAUCAGGGAGAGGGUAACAAGACCUCCGACAGUCCAAGCAUUGCACCAUCGCAACAGACGUCUCAACCAAGUGCCCAAGAGUCUGCUGGCACUAACACCGUUGGAGCCAACAAUGAUCCGAUGAGCGUUAGCAACUCUGUCCCCUCUGCUCCUAGUGCUGGCAUGCAGACCGGCCAGAACACAAAGACACCUGGUUCGAACCCUUCUGGCACGCCAGCCACAGAGACGGCAAUUGUGACCCGAACCGGUACUGCUGCAAGCAGUACCAGCACAUAUAACGGUGAUGAUGACGAUGACACUCUGCUCAGUUCCUGGAGCGACUUCGGCAAUUUCCUGGAUGGAUUGAAAGGUCUUCUUUCCCCCACAUUGCUAGAAAAUAUUGAGUCAUUCUUCCACCAUGUCGCUUGGCUGCUGGAUGAUCAGACGACAACAAACACCAAGAACCUGAUCAACACUGCCAACGGACUCCUCACCAAGAGCCUGAUCAACAAGCUGGAGGCUCUAUUGGACAAUGCUAGCGCUCUCCUGACCCCCGACGUGGUUAAAAAUCUCAAGGAACUGCUUCCUGAGCUCUCACCCCAGCUUCUGAAGGAAGCGAGCAGCUUGCUUGAUAAUGCCAACAAGCUCCUUACUCCUGAAACCACAUCCGAACUCCAAAAGCUGAUCUCAAUCGCGGGGCUAUUUAUCAAGCCAGAGCUGUUCCAGGAGGUUAACAGCCUGCUGGCCAAUGGCAACAAGCUACUCACACCCCAGUUCGUCGAUGAGACCAAGUCACUGAUUGGCACCGUGGCACCGGUGAUCACGCCCGAGCUGUUGAAGGAGGUGAACUCUCUGCUUUCCAACGGCAAUAAAUUGCUCUCGCCCCAAUUCAUUGAUGAGACCAAGUCAUUGAUUGGAACCGUGGCACCUGUUAUCACACCUGAGCUUCUGAAGGAGGUCAACAGCCUGCUCUCCAACGGAAACAAGCUUCUUACCCCCGAUUUUAUCAUCGAGACUCGUAACUUGAUCGGUACUGUGGCACCGGUGAUCACACCUGAACUCCUGAAGGAGGUAAACUCUUUGCUUUCCAACGGCAACAACUUACUGUCGCCUGAAUUCGUUAAAGAGACAAAGGGAUUGAUUGGUACUGUGGCACCGGUGAUCACACCCGAGCUCCUGAAAGAAGUGAACUCUUUGCUGUCUAAUGGUAACAAGUUGCUAUCGCCUGACUUUGUCAAUGAGACCAAGGGACUGAUUAACACCGUGGCGCCAUACAUUACCCCCAACCUUCUCAAGAAAGUCAACGCGUUGCUCUCGAAUGCCAACAGCCUCCUGUCUGAGAAGACUACUAAGGAGUUGACCGGUCUUUUGGAUAUGCUUGGACCAGUCUUGACGCCGCAGCUCUUGCAGAAUGUUUCCUGGUUGCUCGGUAAUGGUACCGCACUUCUUUACCCCGGUUUCGUCAACAAGACGGCUGGAUUAAUUGAUGGUAUUGCACCUGCCAUUACACCCGAGCUUCUGGGCCAAGUUGGUGGGUUGUUGGGCAAUGCGGACGAUCUUCUCACCAAGAAGUUUGUUAACGAGACACAACUUUUAAUCGAGGAUGCUGCUGAUAUUCUUCCUCUGGUCACAGAAUUGUUGAACUCGUUGUAA